AUGUCAACACAUUUGACAUUAAACGUCCAUAUAGAGGAAUCGCCAGUAUUUACUAAAAAUUGUUAUCUAAUAAAUGGAGACUAUGAAUAUUAUCACUAUUUAUGCGACGGAUUCGAUGAUAGGGGAUGGGGUUGCGGUUAUCGGACAUUGCAAACAAUAUGUUCGUGGAUGAACCACAAUAUUGAGAAAAAAUGCGCAGUGCCAUCAGUUCCAGAGAUACAGACGAUCUUAGUUGAUUUAGAAGACAAGCCAAGAUCAUUUUUUAAUUCUAAACAAUGGAUUGGCAGUUUUGAGGUAUGUUUAGUAAUAGACAGACUAUAUGACAUUCCAUGUAAAAUAAUUCAUGUGAAUAAAAAGGAAUCUUUAGAAAAUAUAGUGGAGGUACUUAAAGAUCAUUUUAUUCGGUUUGGUUCCCCGGUGAUGAUGGGUGGUGAUGUGGAUUGUUCCUCUAAAGGCAUUAUGGGGAUUUAUGUAAAUGGUGCUGAAUCCAGCUUGUUAAUUGUAGAUCCACAUUAUGUUGGUAAAGAGCAAACAAACCAUUUCUUGCAGAAUAAAGGAUGGGUGAAAUGGCAACCACUUAAAGAUUUCUUGUCAUCAUCAUUCUACAAUUUAUGUUUACCCCAAACAAGAGCUGAAUGUGCUAAUGUCUGA